AUGCUCUAUAAAUUCUUAAAAAAUCUCUAUCAAACUACAUGUUUUAACUGAUUAAUCUAGCACUAUUUUCAACGAUUAAGAAGUCUGUUAUCUUAUAUCACUAAUUCAAGAAAAAUACCACAAUAAUUAAAUUAAAUGUUUCUCAUUUCUCAUUUUGAAGAAGAAUUAAUUCUAUAAUUUCUUAAAUAUCCUAUUCAAAAUUUAAUUGAAAUUGAUAAAAUUAUUGAUUCAAAGAAUUUUUAGAAAAAUUAUCAAUUAAUAUAUUUCAAAUAGAAUUACUUUUGAAGAAGUAAAUUUAUCUUUAGCCCAAUAUUAUUACUGAUUAAAAAAAAAAUCUUGUUAAUUUCCAUAUAUCAGUAUUUUAAGAAUUACUUAAUAAUUAUAAUAAAAAAAAUUCAGAAGAAUUUCUAAAAUUAGAUGAUUUGAAAUAAAUAACUAAUGAUAAUGAUAAUUUUCUUGAAAAAGAAGAAAGAGUAAUUUAAAUGAAUUAAUAAAUAUUAGAUGGAGAAAAUCUCUCUAAAAAAGAUAAGAAAAAUUAAAUAAUCUUAUUAAUCUUUUGA